AUGAGCCAAUCACCGCCUCGCCAGCGUAUUCGCCAGCUUAUACCUCAACUUCGACUGGGAAAAUGGCCUACUGGUCUCCUCAACUCCAUAACCGAUGUCCCUGGUGUCCUCACUCAUAUCGAGUCCAUUCAUAACCCUCCCGGCAGCGAAGAGAAAUCUCCUAACAUCAAUACCGGUGUCACGGUUAUUUUGCCCCGGCCUGACUGGCACAAGUAUUCUAGCUUUGCCGGCUUCUUUAGCUUCAACGGCUGCGGAGAGUUAACGUCGUCCCACUGGCUCAAUGAAACAGGGCUGUUGGCCUCACCAAUCGUCCUGACCACUACGUCCUCUGUUGGUGACGCGUACCGUGGAAUCCUGGAGUAUGCUGUUCAGUACCACUCCAAUGCAGACAAAGAAGUUGAUCUGUUUCUGUUCCCAACCGUUGCGGAGACUUUUGAUGGUUACCUGAACGACCAAAGCAGAUUCGCCGUCACACCGCAGCAUAUCAUCAAAGGCAUUCGAAACGCGACCGCUGAGGCUGUGAGGGAGGGUAACACUGGUGGCGGAACAGGCAUGAUCUGCCACCGGUUCAAGGGUGGCACUGGGUCAAGCAGCCGGAUCGUCAAAGGCUUUGACAUUGAUGGAAACGUAAAGUCCUACACAGUUGGAGUACUUGUUCAAGCCAACUAUGGUUCUCUGGACAACCUCCGCAUAGGAGGCGUCCCAGUAGGCCAAAUUCUCUGGGAACAAGAGCAGCCAGCAGCAGAACAACUCAAGCCCAGAGAAAGAGAGCCUCGCAAAGAUGGCAGCAUUAUCGUCAUCGUUGGCACUGACGCUCCGCUUCUUCCAGUCCAGCUGCAGCGUUUAGCCAAGCGUGCUACCGUGGGCCUGGCCAAAGUUGGCGGCUAUGGAAGUAACACAUCGGGGGACAUCUUCCUGGCCUUUUCCAACGCCAACGACAUUCCAGUUCAAAAACUUUCUAUGUCUGGCCCUCGCCCUGCUCACCCCUAUGUUCCACAACUACUGGGUGUGAAAAUGGCAACCAAUGAAACCAUUGAUGGGCUGUUCGAGGCUGUUGCUGACACAACAGAGGAGGCCAUUUACAACGCGCUUUGUAUGGCUGAGACGACGGUAGGCUUCAAAGGGAGAAAGGUUGAGGCUAUGGAUUUGGUUAAGGUGAAGGAUAUUGUUGAGAAGAGAUUGUAA